CUAACCAACCUCAAAUAUUACACAGUAUUUAUUUGUAUUUUUAUUUUUAAAAAAAUAAAUCAUUCCAAGAGCACCACCAUCAAAACAACAGGCCAUUGUAAUCUCCCAUUCUCUCUCUAAAAUGUUUUCUUGGAGAUUUCUCUCUUAUUUCCUUUUUGGGAUCUCCCCUGCCUGAUCAACCUGGACUUUUUGUUAGUUUUCUGGCAUAUUCCUGGACAUAUGAUCGUGUUUUUGAUGAAGUUUUUCUGAAAUUUGGUUACAGAUUAUUUUUCUGUGUUAUUUUGGACGAAGGAAUUAAAGGAAUACUGCAGAAUCUAGUCAGUUUGCUUUUGUUAAAACUAAAGGCACCAUUUAAUAAAUUAUUACUUUAUUGUGAUGGAGCAUAGAAAUACACCACAUAGUAGUCACACGGUUGAUUACGAAGCUGAUGAUCAUACAAGGCAAAACUAUGUGCACCCUGACCUCUGUGUCUUUUAUGGGAAUAAUAUGCCAACUUUCCCACAGCCAAUCAGUCAUACUCUAGCACCAGUGUCAGGAAAUACCUAUUUACGUCCUUUGCCAGAUCAGCGCGCCAAUGCUUUAUUUUAUGGGAUGGCACAUUACAAUGGCACUAUUCAUCAUCAGCGUCCCAUGACAAAUCAUUAUAAUCCAUAUAUGGCUGCUACAUCCUCUACUAACGAAUUCCCCAUGAGUGUGCCUAAUGGAAGGAAUAUUCAUUUCGCUGAUGGUGUUAGAGGUUCAUUUAAGAGAAAGGAUGCUGAUGGAUUCCCCAUGAACUUCCAAUAUCAUCAUGCUAUGGUCGGCUCUAGCUCUUCAGUUGAGGCUUUUCCAGCACCACCUGACUCGUCACCAUUGACCGAAUUUGGAUAUCAGAGUGGUCAUCUAGAAUCUGAAGCAGGACACAACAGAAAUAAUCACUUCAUUCAAGGAAGCUUUGUGAGUCAAGGCUUUCAACCGUUUCCAGCUCAUCCUUGGUUGGACAUGCCACAGCUUAACACUAACCAGGCCGCUCCUUUGCAUUAUGUACAUGCAGCAAGUACUGUGGGGGGUUGUGUGGAUGGAAACAUGGGUGCACAAGAUUAUCAUGCAGCAGCCAACAAUGGGAGCUUGGCUAGCUUUAUGCGCCCCACCCAUAUUCCACAAGGAUUUUCAAGUGUACACCAUCUUCCACCAUCCAUGCAAGUGAUGAGAAGCCCUAAUGUCAACUUCCCUCAAAUGGCACCAUCUUCACACAGGCUCAUAACAAAUAUCUCCCAAAGUCCUUCCCCAGGUGUUGUUGAGGCUGGUCUUACAUAUAUGGGCCCUUUCCCACCCAACGGCUUUCGAAUAAUCAUGCCCCAUCAAAGGGAUUUAAUGGCCGAGACAAAUAUCAUGAGAAACCCUACUGCUCCUAACAUGAGAGUUCUUCCAGAAGAUGGAGUGGCAAUCUUAGAGAUUCCUGAAUAUGAAGUAGUAGGGGGUUCUGUUGAUCAACAUAGAGAGAUGCGUAUGGACAUAGAUCACAUGUCUUAUGAGGAUGAUAUCAUCAGCAAAAAGCAUGCGUCUUGGUACACGUUCUUGGAUAUGCUUGAAGAAUUUGUCACCAACCGUUUGAAAACAAGAUUGUUUUUCUCAAGAGCUUCUAGUUUAUCCCCUGUAGAAUGUUUGGACCAAGAAACAGACUUUUGUGUCAUAUGUCAGCAUGAAUAUAAGGACCAAGAGAAUAUCGGCAUAGUUGAAUGUGGGCAUGAGUAUCACGCGGAUUGCAUAAAGAAGUGGCUGGUUGUGAAGAACAGCUGCCCCAUAUGCAAAUCCACUGCUCUGUCAACAGGUAAACCGGAUUUGUGAACCGGGUCGAAUGGUGGUGGUACCAUUUCCCUGAUUUCUCUUUUCAUUCGGAAGUAUUUAUUAGGGUGGGAACAUUGUCUUCAACUGUAAUGUGUAUUACUCUGUAUAUACUUUGCUUAGACGUGGCCCACGUUUGUCACAACCGUUAUCUUAUUGGGCAUGUAUCUUUUGCUCUCUAGUCUCACCCCGGAAUUGUACAGACUAUAUAGAAUUCUAAAGGUUCGUUUUGGUUUGAACUGUGCAUAGUAGCUGGCUGGCUGUAUC